AUGGACGUGCUAACUGGAAACCAGAGCAUUGCAUUCUCUUGCAAUAAGAAUCUUAUGAAGACAAAAGUAGCGUCUUUGGUACUGAUCCGCACAGUUCCGGUGAUUGAAACGCAGGGAGAAUGGGAGUGGAAGGAGGUUGCCGAGGAAUCCAACUACGCGGAGAUUCUCAGCUCGAUCCAGAAGGCUGGCUACGAGGCUAUCGAAGUCCUCUUCCACCUCUGUGUUCAGUCAUAUGAUAUCCGCGUAGACAAAGGCAAACAAACCACCACCGUAGCGAACUCUACAUUGACACCGAUCCCGGGACUUGAAAACUACGGGGCCACAUACGAGGCGAUCCAGGUCAUUGGAACAGAGAUGAAAGCGCUUCUCAUGACUUAUGCUCAGGAGCGUCCUGUGCAAUCAGAAGAGCGUCCGGAAGACAUUUACCUGGAUCUGUUGUUUGAUAGUAUUUCCCGGUCGCUCUGGACAAGCAUCUUUCUUGAGCCCGAAAAUCUGCUUGAUCCUGGGCGGGCGACAGAUCGCAUCAAGAAGAUCUUCAUGAACUUUGCUAUUGGUCUGUCACGUGGGUAA